GCUUGGACCUUCAAGUUGCUUUGAUCAUCUCUCGUGGGGCCUUUGCAGGUGCCCGUCAAAGUGCUGCCGCGCUUUGCGGCAAAAUUAUGGAUUCAAAAUCCAAGCACCUGAAAAUGAAUAUAAGAUGCCUCUGAAGCCACCAUGAAAGCACAGCAACAUCAUGGUGAACAACGCUGCCUUAGCCCCCUCCCAACUCACUGUCGACCCUCUCGGCCUUGAAUGUGACGCCGAAAUUGUCUGGGGAUCUCUCGAACUCACUCGUAACCUCCGACCUCCGAUCUCUCUGAGCGGAUAUAAAGCAUUUGUUAUCGCAUUCGGGCCUGAGGAAAAUCUCUUCACUCAAGGCGUUCCUCGAUAUCUGAAGGGAGAAGACUAUUUCCCUGUCUUUCUUCCUGGCCCGGAUCCCGACCCAGUGGACUCGCAUCCGAUCAUCAGGUGGAAUGGCCGACAGGACUCGCUGUGCGCUUUCACGUUGACGAAUUGCGCUCCGGUAUCCGUCGCAAUCCUCGACGGCGCGCACCUUCAGCCGUGGCAGUCGGUCCCUCUAGUCGACGGCGCAGUCAUCGAGUUCGUGCCUUCUGGAUACCGGUACACCUUCCGUGUGGCCUUUCGGCAACUCAGGCGGCAUUUGGUUUUGAAGCACCACUACGAAAUCGUCGGUCAACUUGGGCAGGGCGCGUUUGGUGCGGUAUGCAAGGUUCGAGACCGACGAGACGGAAAGCUUUACGCAUUCAAGUACCUCCAUAAGGCAAGUAAACCACAUUGCUUGACCAGGAGGAUGGACAGAGAAUGUGCUUACCACGAGAUGAUGGCGCUAAAGACGAUUGGGGCGCAUCCCAACAUUGUCAAGCUUAUCCAGCCUCUUUCGAGCCCUACGGAAAUCGGCUAUGACUUGCUUCUUGAGCUCAUUCACGGCAUUACAUUGCUGGAGUACGUUGGAUACCGCGGAUGUUUGUCCGAAGAUCAUUCACGAAAUCUGACCUACCAGCUGUGCUCCGGACUUGUCUACAUACAUGGCCUGGGAGUGUCGCAUGGUGACAUCAAGUAUAAUAACAUCCUUCUCGCUCUCGGUGACCACCAGCAGCCGGUCAUUAAGAUCAUCGACUUUGGGCUUGCACGCAUCAAAGCCUUUUCCAUGUACCCAACUAAAAUCUCUUCGACCUCCUUCAACGCACCGGAAGUCUUCCAUCAGGAGCACAGCGCGACAUUCGCUCAGAUGCAGCUCUGGGACAGCUGGGCGCUGGGAUACAUGGUGUACUUCAUGCUCACGGGUUCGCACCCUUUCGUCCCGCAUGACGGCCCAUUUGACCCCAAUAACGAGACCAUCGACUGGCUGUUGCUGGAGCACGUGGGUGUCAGCGUCGCUGCUUAUUCCUUUGUCCGGCAACUGCUGCGCCUCAGUUACCCGCGCCGACUCCAGAUCCGUCACACACUGAAACAGCCCUGGUUUCAGGACUUCGACCCAGCAGCGCGGAUCUUUGGGCGAGAUGACCUGCCGCCUGCUCUACUUGGCCAAUUCGAUGCUAAGGCUUCAGGUGUCUCUGCUCCCGUUUCGAAGCGAAAGAGAGCCCCGGAUGCGAUUGCCAAUGCACCCGGCAAGAAAAAGAAUCGUAACUGAUCUUUCCCCCACACCGCGAUCCUUGUCAUCUACACGCUCUUUUGCUCUGUCCACAACCACACGCUCCUUCUCAUGAAAUGAAUCCCCGACUUUUCUACGAUCAUGCCAUGUCUAUCUGGACUGCCCGCGGCCAUGUAUGCCUAUAUCUAGAUAUACGCCAUACAUCACAAACUUAUUUUCCCCUCCCGAAACUAACAUCGUGUCCGAUGAUUUACAAAUGCUCGAACCAACGCAUUCGUCGCAUGAGCUUCUGUUUUGAUCUGAGAGCGACCCUAGCACCAUCGACUUCGCCCCUGCCUCAGCCUGGGCCUGCCGUUUUCAGGCGUAUGGGAAGUCAGACGCGUUUGAUCAAGCGGAGAGCAAGUCUUCGAUGAUUUGCAGGUCGAUAGGGAUAUCCGUAUUUUUGAGAUACUCGUCGUUC